AUGGCACCCACUACUCGCUCAGAUUACUCCCACUCUGAUGCUUCCUUCCUCACUCACUCACUCUGCCCAAAAUCUCCUUUUUUCUUGGUGUCUCCUCCUCCUGCAGGCUUUCUUCCAUUUUCUGUCAUGGCCAUGGCUGCUGACAAGCCAGCGCCUGCACUGCCGCCGCUCACAGUGAAAUUGGAUCCUACAAAGUACCCCCUUUGGUUGGCGCAGAUCAUUCCUCUCCUCAACAGCAGAGGCCUGAUGUCUUUCGUCGACGGUACCGCCAUGUGUCCUCCCGCCUUUCUUCUCGACGCCGACGGGAAACCCACCAACACGACCAAUCCCGAUUAUGACCACUGGAUUCAGACGGACCAGUUUGUGCUUUCUUUGAUCAAUGGCUCCCUCAGCCACUUUGUUGUUGCUACUCUGGAGGGUUCUAUCUCCGCCCGUGCUACCUGGGUUGCUUUGGAGGCUCUGCUUCUUGGUGCUGAGCAGCAGGUUCCGACUCCGAUGGUCUCGGUUUCUGAUCAUAGCACCGCUGCCGCGGCGGCUUCUCCUGGCUGUGGCUUUGAUCAUGUUGCUUCAGGAGGCAAGAUGAGCGGCGGCGGCGGCGGUGGCGGCGGUGGCGGUGGCGGAGGCGGCACAACAGGUGAAGGAGUUUCAGGGAAGAAAGGCCUACCCGGGGUUAAGUUCUUCUAUCCCACCGAAGAGGAACUGGUUGGCUGCUUGACGAACCAAAUAGAGGGGAAGGACUCAGAAUUCAGGGACUUGAUCCCUGUAAUUGAUCAUGUCUGCGAGCGUGAGCCUCGUGAUCUGCCUGCGUUCUUCUUCAGCCAACCGGAUUACAAAUACAAAAACAGCAAGCGCUGCAACAGAAGCACAGAUGAGGGCUUUUAUAAAAGCACAGGCAAGGUUCGUGAGAUCAAGGCUGAACAAUCCCAAGCUGUGAUUGGUAAUAAGAGGAUUUUGUCUUACUACGAAGGUCGUGCGCCCCAAGCCAAGAAGACCAAGCAUGUCAUGCAUGAGUAUUCUCUCACCAAGACUAAACUGGCCCAACUGGGAGCUCAAAACAAUCAGCAGAGGGAGUUAGUUCUCUGCCACCUGACGAAUAAGUCAGCAAAAUCUGCGAAGCUGAAAGAUGAUUCAAUCUGCGGCGAUGAAUUAGCUGAACCUGCUAUUGUUGGCGAAAUCGCCUACUCUAAAGAUGUUCAAGCUGCUGCAACUGAUAUGAUUCAAGGCCCAGAUGAGCAUCUCACAGACAAAGAUGCUCUGCUUGGCACUGAGAAUCGUAAUGAAUGCGCCGAGCCGUCCUGUGCUGAUCUUGGAGAAAAUAUGGAUUCAACCUUUCUUUCACCUGAGCAGCUAGCAGCCACAUCAGCCACCACACCCACCUCAGCAUCAUCAUUUGGGGGCUUUGGUGUUGGUUCACCUGAUGGCUUCUUGCUCUCCGAUAUCGAUGAUCCGUUGAAACAGCCGUCCUGUGCUGAUCUUGGAGAAAAUAUGGAUUCAACCUUUCUUCCACCUGAGCAGCUAGCAGCCACAUCAGCCACCACACCCACCUCAGCCACAUCAUUUGGCGGCUUUGGUGUUGGUUCACCUGAUGGCUUCUUGCUCUCCGAUAUCGAUGAUCUGUUGAAAGAGCCGUUCUGUGCUGAUCAGCCACAUCAGCCACCACACCCACCUCACCCACAUCAGCCACCACCCGCACCUCACCCACAUCAACCACCACCAGCACCGCAGUCGCAUCAGCCACCAUCCCCAUCUCAGCCACAAAAUUACUGCUUCUCCACACUGCCGUCAGCAUUAUGCACCAAGCAGGGAAAUGUUCCGAGUCUCUAUAAUGAUGACUGCAGUAGGCAACUAUCUCCAACUGGGAACCCACCUCACCCGCAUCAGCCACCACCUGCACCUCACCCACAUCAGCCACCACCCCCAUCUCAGCCACAAAAUUACUGCUUCUCCACACUGCCGUCAGCAUUAUGCACCAAGCAGGGAAAUGUUCCGAGUCUCUAUAAUGAUGACUGCAGUAGGCAACUAUCUCCAACUGGGAACCCACCUCACCCGCAUCAGCCACCACCUGCACCUCACCCACAUCAGCCACCACCCCCAUCUCAGCCACAAAAUUACUGCUCCUCCACACUGCCGUCAGCAUUAUGCACCAAGCAGGGAAAUGUUCCCAGUCUCUAUAAUGAUGACUGCAGUAAGCAGCUAUCUCCAACUGGGAAUAACAUUUCAACUAAUUAUCACCAUGAACCGGUUAGCAACACAGCUUAUAGUGUUCAAAAUGGGGCUUCUGAUGAAAGGUUUUCAGAGGUUUAUAAAAUUUCAACCAAUGAUCACAAUGAAUCAGUUAGUUCAGAGGCUUACUUUCAGCCAGAAGAAAAUCUGGGCAUUGUUCAUCCAUUUCGGCCACAGGAUUACACACUGCUGUCACCAAGGAACACAGAACUGGGAGAUUUUAUGCAUGCCAAUAACUAUAUUGACAUGCAGUGGUGA